CUCUAACUCGCACUAAAGAGACAAGGUGUGUUGUGGUCACCUCAAGCAAGGACAUGGCUUGUACAAGGAUGUUGAGGACCAUCUUACUAAUCGUCAUCGGUACGUCACUGUCCCUUUGGGAAACUGCCUUAAACAGGCAGUCAUUGCCUGAUCUCAAAAUACCACAGCAGUUCUCUUCAGACCUGCCUGGCUGCUUGGCUAUCAUCAGUGGAGACGCAGAGGGGAAGAAAGACGAAUUAAAAGGGCUUCUGGCAUCCAGGAGAAGACAAACUCUUUUAUCCGAGGACUUUUACCGUAAUGUGACAAAGGACUGUCCGUCUUACAUUGAAAAUAGAGGUUUUAUUACAGCACCUCUCAGUGAAGAGGGAAAUGAUUUUCCCAUUGCCUACUCCAUGGUGAUCCAUGAGAAGAUUGAGAUGUUUGAGCGACUUCUACGAGCUGUUUAUGCUCCUCAGAAUAUCUACUGUGUGCAUGUGGAUCAGAAAGCCUCCAAAGAAUUCCAGAAGGCUGUGGAGGCAAUUAUUUCCUGCUUUCCUAAUGUGUUUAUAGCCAGUAGAUUAGAAAGCGUGGUAUAUGCCUCAUGGUCCCGAGUGCAGGCCGAUUUGAACUGCAUGAAAGAUCUGCUGAACUCGCAGGUCCAGUGGAGGUACCUGCUUAACACCUGUGGGACAGAUUUCCCCAUCAAAACCAAUGGAGAAAUGAUUCAGGCAAUGAAGGCCCUCAACGGGAGAAACAGCAUACAGACUGCGGUAACCAAUGACCACUUGAAAAACCGUUGGCUGUAUCACUACAAUGUAACUACUGAGGUCAUC